AUGGCUGCCCACCUGCUCUUCCUGGGCAUUCUCCUGCUGCUGCCCUUGCGGGCCCCAGCCCCCUGCUACACAGCCGGGCCUUCAGAGUGCAAACAGAAGCGGAACUUCGUGCCAGGCGCAUGGCUGGCCGGGGAAGGAGUGGAUGUGACCAGCCUCCGCCGUUCGCACUCCUUCCCUGUGGACACACACAGGUUCCUUCGGCCGGACGGCACCUGUACCCUCUGUAAAAAUGCCCUGCAGGGGGGUGCCAUGCAGCUGUUGCCCCUGGCGCUGGACCACUGGCGUGCCGAGGGCUCCGGCUGCCAGCACCACGUGUCCAAGGCCGAAGUCAGCUCCACGGAGGCCGUGGCCGGCGAGGCAGCUUCCACCAUCACCAAUGACUGGAAGGCAGGGCUGGAUGUGUCUCCCAACCCCAGCGUCAACGUGCAGAUGUCCGUGGCUGGCUCGCACUCCCAGGCAGCAAACUUUGCGGCCGAGAAGAGCCACCGGGACCAGUACAGCUUCAGCACCGACAGGGUGGAGUGCCGCCUGUACAGUUAUCGCCUGGUGUACACUCCCCCGCUCCACCCUGAUUUCAGGAAGGCCCUCCGGGAACUGCCCCCCCGCCUCAACUCCUCCACUGAGCCUGACUACCACAGGCUCAUCUCCAACUACGGCACCCACUUCAUCCGGGCCGUGGAGCUGGGCGGCCGCAUCUCGGCCCUCACAGCCCUGCGCACCUGUGAGCUGGCCCUGGAGGGGCUCACGGCCGACGACGUAGGGGACUGUUUGAAUGUCGAGGCCCAGGUCAGCAUCAGCGGCCAUGCCAGCUCCUCAUCUGAAUACAGGGCUUGUGAGGAAAAGAAGAAGCAUCACAAGAUGGCAACCUCCUUCCACCAGGCCUACCGAGAACGCCUCUUUGAAGUGGUUGGCGGGCACCAGGAAUCCAUGUAUGACCUGCUGUUUGGGAGCAAGGCUGGGCCUGAGCAGUUCUCAGCCUGGGUGACCUCACUGUACAAAAAGCCCGGCCUGGUGGACUAUAGCCUGGAGCCCCUUCACGUGCUGGUGGAGACCCAGGACCCACGGCGGGAAGCACUGAAGCAGGCACUGAGCAAGUACCUGAUGGGCAGGGCACGCUGGAAGGACUGCAGCCGGCCCUGUCCGCCAGGGCAGCAGAAGAGCCCCCACGACCUAUGCCAGUGUGUGUGCCACGGCUCAGCAGUCACCACCAAGGACUGCUGUCCAAGCCAUAGGGGCCUGGCCCGGCUGGAGGUGACCAUCGUCCAAGCUAGGAAUCUGUGGGGGGACUGGAUCACUGAUUCAGACGCCUACGUGAAGGUCUUCUUUGGCAAGCAGGAGUUGAGGACUGGCACGGUGUGGAACAAUAACAACCCCAGGUGGGCGACCCGGCUGGACUUUGGGGACGUGCUCCUGCCCACAGGCGGGCCUCUGAGGGUGCAGGUCUGGGAUGCAGACAAUGGCUGGGAUGACGACCUUCUCGGCUCUUGUGACCGCUCCCCAAUGUCUGGUUCACAUGAAGAGACAUGCCACAUGAACCACGGAGACCUGACAUUCCACUACCGCGCCCGGUGUCUGACCCACCUAACUGGGCCAACCUGCAUGGAAUAUGCCCCACAAGGGCUUCUGGGGGAGCCUCCGGGAAACCGGAGUGGGGCUGUGUGGUGACUACAGUGAGCUCUGGGAGGCCCAUCAUGCUCAGACAGGAGGAGUUCUCACCGUGGAGCAGGGGCCUGUC